AUGGCUAGUGAGGAAAUCAGUGUUAUCGAUGUAACUCACAGUGAAAAUAUACAGAAGAAUUAUGUUCUUAUCAAUGAUCCUAUCAAUAUUAAUGAUAUUCCGAACGGGUCUUUUUGUUUAGCUCGACAGCAGAAGGCAUAUAAUUUCGUUCGCUGCCAAAUUGUUGAAAAAGUGUCUCCGCGUGAAUACAAUGUGUUGUUUGGUGAUGGUAAUGAGGAGAUAGUUGAUAUAUCACGUAUUGCGCGAAAAGUUGAAGGUCGUUUACAUAUGUGGGAGGGAGUGCGCGUUUGUGCUUUAUAUGAGCCAAGACUUCAGUUUGGGCGGUACCGAAAAGCAUUUUAUUCAGGGAUAGUAGGCGUUGGACCGCACGGAUUUUCACAAAAUGAAAUGCUGGUAUUUUUUGAUAACGGCAUUGACAGUUUUGUUCAUGAACGAACAGUUUAUAUGCUUGCAGAACAGAAGUGUAGACUUCAUAAUUGCAAAGAAGAAAUAGAUCGGCGCAACAAUUGGUGCCUAGUACCACAGUUUCGACAAAAGUUUGUUAAGCAUUAUUUGAAAAAUUUUCCGGAUUGGCCGCUUGUGCCGAUGAAACGUAAGGAAAAUACGCAGCGUGUAAACAUUCUUCGAGAGGGUAAACCUCAUUCUGCAUAUGUUUUGCGGACCGAAAGACAAUUCGCAUUGCUGCGUUUUCCAAUUCGUAAUAAAUGCGGCUCAGACUGUGUGGCAACUCCAUGCAAUCGUCAUAUUCAUAUAGAUGAAUGGAUUUAUCGUGGCUCAGAAAGAUUAGAAGCAAUCCGUCAAACAAUUGAUAGACUGGAAAAAAUCGAGCAACAAGAGAAAAUGGGAAUUUCGGCAGUUCCAAUACGUUCCAGACGAGAAGCGCGAUUAGCUCACAAUUUAGAAUAUAUACUUCCGCUACCGGGACAAAGUAUCUCAUAUAUGAAUUUAAGCAAGGAGAUGAAUCUUUGUCCACGUGGUCGAGCUUUACUAAGUGACAAUGAACCGAAUUAUCCCAGACGUCAAACGGCUCGAAAAGGAGGAGUACUAGCCGUGCAACAGGAGAAUGAUUAUCAAGAUUGUUCAGGUAUUGAAGGAAGAGUAUCUCGCCUACGGAAAGAGAAGAAUCUUACUGUACAAGAUAUACCGGAAUGGAACAGCCUGCAACAAGUGGUUCAUUUGCAAUGUUCGGUCAGAUGUUUACAACGUCUAGAUAAGGAUCCAUAUGAUAAAGAAUUUCACGGCUAUUCUCCUUAUAUGAUUCCUCUUCUAGUGGGUUGGUCACGUGAGAUUGUAACAUUCACGAGAAAGGCUAAAGUAGCGCAUAGUCGUAAAGCAACUAGUUCAACAGUGGUUUAUCGCACACCGUGUGGAAUCUAUAUCUACAGAUUGGAUCAGAUUUCGAAAUAUUUGAAAGAUACAUCUAGCCGCUUAACAAUUGAUUUGUUUACAUUUGAUCGAACAGUUCGUCCGAAUGUAAUUUAUCGUACACCAGUUAAAGCUAAGCUAAUGGAUGAUUUUACGAAUGGUUAUGAAGCUAUUCCAAUUUCUGUUUAUAAUGAAAUUGAUGAUGAAUUACCACCAAAAAUUGAAUAUUAUCCACGACGAUAUCCGUAUGAUAAGGAAACAGAUGUAUUAUCCAUAUCGCUUGAUUUUUGCAGCGGAUGCACUUGCACUGAUGACUGUGCGGAUGAAACUCGAUGUGAAUGUCGCUUAUUAACCCGUUCAGAAGUAUUACGUUUGGAUAAAAGUCUUCAACCGUCAUAUGCUAAAGGAUAUAUGUAUCGUAAUUUGGCACUUGGAGGUACUGAUGAGUCUUACUUGUCAGGUUUAUAUGAAUGCAAUGAAAAGUGUGGAUGCAGUCGGCGUAACUGCCAUAAUCGAGUAGUGCAGCAACAAAUGAAAAUUCCACUUGAGCUGUUUAAAACAGAAAAAAUGGGCUGGGGUGUUCGCUCGAUGGUUGACAUUCCAGCUGGUGUUUUCCUAUGUACUUAUACUGGCGCUAUUCUUACGGACAGCCAAGCGGAAAGGGAAGGCAAAGCGUUUGGUGAUGAAUAUUUUGCUGAUGUAAAUUUGGUAGAUAACGUUGAAAAGGAGAAACAUAAUGCUGGUGUUGAUUUGGGAGAUUUAAAUGACGGUUAUUAUUCAGAUGAAGAAAACAAUUACGGUGGCGGAUCUAAUUUAUCAGUUGAAAAUGAAUUGAUUACGAUUAAUGAAGAUGCAUGUGAGGAAGACGAGGAUUAUGACAGUGGCCAGGAUUCGUCAUUCUCUUCAGAAGGAAGUCAUUCCGAGGCUAGAGCUGUAAAAGCGCAGAAACGUCGAAAACUUGUGCAAGAAAGUAAUGAAGACCAAGGGAACUCAGCAAGGGAAUCAAGAAAGAAUGAGCUGGCGGCAGCUGAUCUGGAUUAUGCUCGUUCAUCACUUGUUAUGGUGGAAUCAGAUGUCUUUACGAGUGGGACGAAAUCAGAUAAUGAUGAUAUGCCAGCAGUUGAACCAGCAGGUCCACCCGAAGGUCGUUUCGAUAUGGUAAAAUAUUUUGAGAAUAUGGAACUUCCGUCACUGUACACAAUUGAUGCCAAGAAAAAGGGUAAUAUUGGACGAUUUUUUAAUCAUAGCUGUCAACCUAACAUUCGUACCCAAUUGGUAUAUGUUGAUACUCAUGAUUUUCGUCUACCUUGGAUUGCGUUUUUUACGACAACAAAGAUUUCUGCUGGUUCAGUACGUUGUUUCUGUUUAAUUAUUCAGGAACUGUUUUGGGAUUAUGGUUAUUCGGAAGGUGCCGUAGAUGGAAAGCAGCUCGAAUGCUUUUGUGGGUCACGUUUUUGUCGCAAACGGCUUCUCUAA